GCCUAUUGAACAAAACAAAGUUGGUCCUCCACCCUUGUCAAUUAAACAAAAUGGCCGUCGAAGCGUAGUAGUUACUUGAUGAUUUAGAAAUUUUUUUAAAAGAAGAAAAAGAAAAAAGUGGCAAGAUGUCUAAAAGAGAAUCCAACGAUCGAAAUGAAAGGAAGUAUCCCAACGAUUACGAGAAUCUCUUGUCUCAGCAUAAUUUGGAAUCAACGAGAUCCAAACAAGAGUUGCCUAGUUUUCCAGGCUUUUCAAAUGCUGAAACGCAGACUAAAACAAGUGAUAUGAAAAUUCAGGGAGUUCAAGCUGGCAUAGGAGCAUGGCCUUAUAAUCCUUGGUGGAUGCUUGCAAGUACUUCAAAAAACAUUCCAUCUCAAGAUGAAUUUUCCGAAAGCAGCGACCAAGCGAGUAGAGUUAAACAGGAACCAAGUGGAGCAGAUACUCCUGAUCAUGAACCAUUACAAAAUGAAUUGGAACAGUUUCAAACAGCAACACCUCCAGCGGGCCUUGACUGCUUUUGUGAUGACUGCUCAGAUCCUUUCUGUGAUUCCAGUGUAGGCAUAUGUCGGAAACUUUUCCACUGCCCUCACUGUCGUAAGAGUUACCUCACAAUUUUGGAAUUCAACACUCAUUUAACAGGUGUUCAUCCUACACAAAAACCAUUUCGUUGUCAAAUUUGUCUGGAACCAUUUUAUAAAAAGUCACAACUACGUAGACACUUGGAUUCAAAUCAUUCACGGAAAGAUGUGAAUAAGUGCUCUGUUUGUUCGAAGUACAUAAAAGAUAAAAGUAAUCUACGAAAACAUAUGCAAGUACAUACAGGUCGUGUUCCCCAAAAACAGUUUAAGUGUGACCUUUGUAAUAAUAAGCGUUACAUGUCUCUGGAUCGCUUGAAUAAUCAUAAAGUUGUAUGCACAGGUGAAAAAACACUAAAAUUUUGUGAUAUGUGUAAUAAAGUGUUUGAUAAUUCAAGAUCGUUGAACAGUCAUAAAAAGGUUCAUUCCAGAGAGUUGAAAUGUAACCUUUGUGGUGAACAGCUUCGUUCCCUUCAUCAGUUUAAUGAACAUCGGGUGUUAUGUUUAACAAAAACCACAGAUAUUGGAGGAAAUGCAUCAACUAGCACUGGCAAUGUCAACAAUUGCUGCACAGAACCAGGUUUGUGUGAACAUGAUAAGCCAGCUUAUUUGAAUAUUCCCAGUUAUGCAGCUGGGAGGGUAUUUGAAGCAACACUUUCAACAUUAAAAUCAGACUCAAACUGAUUGCAUAUGUAGCACUUUUUCUGCAGUUCUAUGUAUAUUAAUUAAUAAAAAAUAUAGAUAACCAAAAACUUAUAACAGUUAUAAAAACACUAACGAAACAAAUCUAAAGUUACACAAGACUGAUGCAAAUAUCCCGCCUCACAACUUGCUUUAUAUUAACCAUUUUUAGAAUGUAGGACUUUAGUGAAUAGGUAUGUAGGUUUAAAUAAAAGUAAUAUUAUUUGCUGUAUGUUCUUAAAAAUAUUUAAUUAUAUUGUUUAUAUUACUUAUUAGACGCCACAAUUAAUCCAUAAAGUUAGCGUUACUAAAUAGAAAACAUAUUUACAAGCAGAACAUAAAUUAACAUUAUUUAUUUUAAUUAUUGAGAUGCUGUUAGAAGUUUUGACUGAUUUGAGCUGUUGGUAGUUUGCAGUAUUACAUAAAAUAUUUUUAUUUUUCUACUUUCCAAUAUUUUAAAUGUGUAGAACUCUAUAAUUUUUUUGUUAUUAAGGGUGUGAAUAACAAUUUUCUUUUAUUAUUGUUGAUUGCUUUUAUAAAUAGAUGUGGAUUUUUAUAUGUCAUUAAGAUAUUUAAAUGAUAAGCAGUGUUUCAUGUUUUGUAAUAUUCACUUGAAUGUUAACAGGAAUUGGAUGUAGUUCCUGAAAAACGUUCCAAGCCACAAACAUCACUUUUUAAGUAAUUCGUGUUUAAAGUUUAAUAAAUUUUAGUGUAUUCAAUACAUGUGGGUUGGUCUACGAAGUCAUGAUUUCAUUUAAAGAGUGACAGUAGGGUUGCCAUUUUUUGUCAGACCGUUAAUAAGAAUCAUGUGACCAGUUUUGUGUUCUUAACUAAAUUUCGACAUGAUUGUGAAAUGGAACAUUUUUCUGGAAUUACGUCCAAUUAUGUACUUUACAGUCUUGGUAUGCCUAAAUCAUAAUUAUCAUUUAAAAAUAUUUUUUUUGUCUAAAGACAUCUAGUAAUUAUGUUAUACUUUAAUAUAUUUAAUAUAUUAUUAUUUUACAUAAUAAUUAUUAUAAUUUAUACAAAAAUUGUUAAAGACAAAAAUAAAAAAAACACUAUGUUAGACCUAAGAAAAAAUAUAAGUGCAAUCACUGAUGGCUUAGCCAUAUGGAUAUUGUUUUUUUUGUAAUUUGAUAUAAUUAUAUACAUGAUAUAAGUAUUAAAUCCUUAAAAAAUUUUUUUAAAGAUUAUCAACUGUAUACUUUUUGAAAUGGCUUAACUCACAUUCAAUAGGUGUAUGUACCAACUAGUUUUGGAGCAAUCUGAGUGCAAGUAAUGCACGCUCGAACUGACAACAUGCAGCUUGACAGGGUGUGGGGUGCAUCUCACUUACAUGAUGUAAGACCUGUGAUUGGUCUGAUACUAGUAGGUACAUACAACAAUUGAAUAUAAGUUUAAAAUAUAACAUAAUAUUGAAGUGAAACUUCUUUGCGCGCAUGAGCGGUUUUUUUUUACGGAUGAAAUGCAAUAGAGUGUCACAAAAAAGAUUUUUUUCAAGAAAAGGGGAGGUUUUUGUUCAAGGUAGAGAGCAAUUGAGGUAGAACAUUUCUUACUCUCGGGCGAACUUAGCACGAAACACAGCGCCGCUAGUAAGUAGAACAUCUUCCCUACUAGCGUUGUAUCGUGCAGGUUAAGCGCGCGGCCGCUAGUAAGUAGAACCUCUUCUCUAUUAUCGUUGAUUCGUGCAGGCUUAGCGCGCGCCCGCCAGUAAGUAGAACAGCUUAGAAAAUCUCCCCGACAAGCAUUGAGUAGAACACCUUCCCUACUAGCGUCAUAUCGUGCAGGUUUAGCGCUCGGCCACCAGUAAGUAGAACAUCCUUUCAUCCAUCCAAUGACAACAACAAAAUAUCAUAAUAUAAACAUAAUUUCAAUGAAAAAUUUAAUUGAUAAAAAAUUGACUACAUCAUUAGAUUUAGAGAACAGUUUAGUAUAAAUUUAAACGAGAUUUAAAAAUUAUUUUGCCAAAGAAGUUUCACUUCUGACCUGUGUACUAUGUACGCACGCAUUUUAUUUUAUUUCAUCUAAGUUUAUAAGUAUGUACUAAUAAACUUAGUUUUUAUAUAGUUACUUGUUCAUUUAAAUUAUUUAAAACUUGCCAUGAAUAUUGUAAUUAUAUUAUAUAAGA